UGAUUCGAGUGCACCUGGAAGUUUGUUGCCAUCACGUGUUGUCGGCUUUUCGCGGGAUGUAAUAAAGUGAAUUUUUACCUCGUUUAAGAUUAAGAGAUGCCUCCAAAGAAAAAGGCCCGAGUGAGUAAUACAACUGUGAGUUCAGGCAAAAAUGACCGUGGGAAAACAGCUUCUGCAGCUGGUAAGGAGGGAAAAGCUGCAAAUGAGGAGCGCUCCAAGUCUGCUGGCUCUGCAGAGUACAACCACUGGCUGAUGAAGUCUGAACCUGAGAGCCGCUUUGAAAAUGGUAUCGAUGUUAAGUUUGGCAUCGAGGAUCUAAAGGCUCUGCCUGAUCAGACUAGCUGCUGGGACGGUGUACGCAAUUAUCAGGCUCGCAAUUUCAUGAGGAGGAUGAAAGAAGGGCAGCUGGCUUUCUUUUACCACAGCAACUGCAAGGAACCAGGGAUUGCUGGAAUCAUGAAGAUUGUGAAGGAAGCUUAUGUGGAUCACACUCAGUUUGACAAGAAAGAUGUCCAUUAUGAUGCAAGCAGCAAACCAGACAGUCCCAAGUGGAGCAUGGUAGAUGUUCAGUAUCAAAGAAUGACGAAGCGCUUUCUUCCUCUCUCGGAGCUGAAGAAGUACCACAUGCAGCAUCGCACCAGUGGGGGUCCACUAAAGGAUAUGGCACUUUUCACAAGGGCCAGGCUCUCUGUCCAACCCCUCACCUUUGAGGAGUUUGACUUUAUUCUGAGUCUGGAGGACAAAGAGUCGCUGUGAAGAUUUACUUCAUGACGCAGUGAAACGAUUAAAGUGUCAAAUUUUGCUGCUGUAAUAUUUCAUUCUAGUAAUAUUAAAUGUGUUUAUUAUGA